GGCAGAUUUCAAAGAAAUAUUAAUACGCCAAUUUCACAAAUAUUGUGACCAAUCAAAUAAAAUGUUCGUCCCAGUUAUCAUUCUCCUGGCUUCAAUUCUUUCCUUCGCUGUACAGGAUGCAGCGACAUCACCGGCAUUGAAAAAUUUCAGAGACGAUGACCAGAAUGCAACUGUCGCGGAAUGUGAUGCGUGUAUGGCAGGCAUGGAUUUAGUGUACUACAUCAUCACUGAUAAGUACUGGGUAGAAACAUACAUCAUAAUGGGCAAACAGCUGUGUGGAACACUUCCUCCUGGAAGUUUCCGGAACACUUGCCUGACUUACGUCGAUGUGUAUUUUCCACACGCGUUGAAGGCGAUGGCAAUUGCAAUCCAACCUCAGUUCAUUUGUAAGGCAAUUCAAGCUUGCAACUCGACUGAGUCGCUUGUGUUCAAACCACGACGCCUUGGUGACAACAUAUUCUGUGAAGAAUGUAAAUUUAUUUAUAUGUAUCUUCAAAACUGGUUAAACGAUAAACAACAAACUCAAGAUGUAAUGUUCACAGUUAAACAGAUGUGUUUACUUUUUGCCGAAGAUGAGACUAAGUGUUAUCACGUACUUAAAGGAUAUUAUGAAAACUUUAGAGAAUAUUUUCAAAAAAACAGAGCAGAUGAGAUAUGCGGUAAACUCUGCAUUUUUGCAAACUAACUGUUGAAAAUUGAUAUAUAAACAAGAAGUUUUUGUUACUUUCAUCGAUGUAAUUGAUUUUCCAUAAGAAUUUCUACGUAUUACUUAUGAAAAUAAAAGUAGUAUAAUUUGAUUCAAUAAAACUGUCUUUUGUGUUACACAAUUACUGUACUUAGUAGAAGUAUCACUUUCAUUUCAUCAAAUCUCCUCUAUAAUAAUUAAAGUAAUUUAACAAAUUAA